AAAAGUCGAAUGUCGAGUCGAACCUCGAACGCAGGCAAGUCAGAGCAGAAGUCAAGUCAUACCAUUCCACCCUGAGAAAAAGAAACAAUCCUCGUUAAUUUUAAUUUACACUCACCAAAAAAUUAACCUUUUUUCUUAUAUUAAAUUGUGAAAGUUAAGUUAUUGUAAAUUUAAGUUCGUUAUCAUGUUUUAUUGUGAAACAAAAGACCAAAAGAUUUCAUUUGUUAAGUGAAAAUCCCAAAUUUUAUUAUCGACAUUCGAAGUUAGAAAAUACUUUGCAAGAAAAUAGAAAAAAGUGACAUCGCUGUCAUUUUUCUAACAUCAAACCAUCAACCACAACCAGCCAGAAGCAGAAACAGAAACAGAAACUGAAAUCCGUAAUCAUGAGCAGCAGCAGCAGCUGUGUAGACAUUUUGUGGAGUUUUUCUCGCGAGUGAAUUACGAAUUACGAUUUUCCGGAUUUUCUUUUCUUUGUAAGAGGAAACAGUUUUGUUAAAAAAAAUACAGAAACAUUAUUGUGGACAUUUUGAAUUUCUUUCUGGUUUCGCUGUUGCUGCUUGUGUACGGACAGAACAAUAAUUAUGGCUGAGUCUCCAGUGUUAGAUUUUCGCAACGAUUUUAGUCCAACGAUUCCAGAAAUAACAAUCAAUGUUCAGUGUCCGUCUACGCCAGGGCCCCAGCUAAAUAUAAAAUCUCCAGAUUUAAGCACUGCAAGUAGUGCUGAAGAGACAGAAACUGCUGCUCGAGGUGAUGGAUCCAAUUCGCCACCACCGAAUUGUGCAAUUUGCCUGGGAAAGUGCAGAAACAAAUGUUUCACCGAUUCAUGCAUGCAUCAAUUUUGUUUCAAGUGUCUACUGGAAUGGAGCAAGGUCAAACCAGAGUGUCCUCUGUGCAAGCAGACCUUUAAGGCGAUCAUCCACAAUGUCAAAUCCAUUGAUCAGUUCGAGGAGUAUCUGGUGCAGCAACCAGUACCGGUGUCGCCGAAUCCAGAUACAUUUCCACCAUUCACAAUACCAGCACACCUCUACCCAAGACUGCCGUCAUUAUAUAACCGACCUGUUCAAAUCUAUAUGGACGACAUGGCCAUGAAUACAUUGGAUCUUACGGGAACUUCAUCCUCAACAUCAAACAAUGCCAACGCAAAUGUAAUUCGUAGUAGUUCUACUUAUUACCGAAGAAUACUGCCACCUCCGGCUCAGUUGUUGGACAUGUAUAGUCAGGAAACUAUACAAGGCGAGACGGGCAGUGGCAGUUUGAGUCAACUUUGGCGGCGAUAUGUUUAUGAUAGGAAACUGUAUGCGUUGCCACUGCCUGAUGUAACUGGGAGAUUCCGCGAGACUAGCGCUCGUUUUUACAGAGACAACCAAGCACAAACUCAUCGUUUAAUUCAAUGGAUAAAUCGUGACAUUGUUUGUUUAUUACGCAACACCGAUCAUGAUGUUAAUUCAGUUAUGGAACAAAUAAAUACCUGGCUUAUAAACUGUAACAUUCUCUCACCAGAAUUCAGGAGGCGUCUGCAACCAUUCCUGGGCACAAAGACUGCUCAUUUUAUUCACGAGCUGCACAAUUUCGCUCGUAGUCCUUAUGACAUGAUCGGAUACGAUCGUGUAGUUCAAUAUUCGUCAAAUAGUGCCGAAGAAAUUGUAAUAGAAUUUUCUUCAACAUCUUCAGCCGGUUCAGAUGUUGAGAGUGUGUACAAUGUAUUAUCAGAUCCUGGCACAAGUAGGCGAGCCAGUUCACAACCAAAUUCAACCCCAGCAAAUAGCGGUGGUGGUUUUAACUUGUACACGACAACAACAGCUGCAUCUUCACAGGCUUCGGCUAUAAAUCUUUCCACACACAAUCGCGGUGCAAGCGGUGACAUAAGCGAAGGCACUACUACAACGUCAACAGUCGAAGCAAUAAAUGCACCUAUUUCAGAAAGACCCGAUAAUAUUGUAUUGUCAUCAACCAGCAGCGAUGAGUGCGAAUUCGUCCUUGAACAAAAGCCUCCACAUUUGCGAACACCUGAAAUGGUGAGUUUGAACUCAAACUCCGAUAGCGAUGUUGUGUUCGUCCAGGAGACAAAAACCGCAUCAAUACCAUCGGCAAUAGCAAAGUGCGCCUCUUCAACAAACAACACCCGUGUCCGUAGAGCACAACGUAGGCGAGCAAAUCCUAGUUUGAAUAAUACUUCAUUUAGUACUUCAAACUCUGAUUCAGAUGGAUUUAACUAUGCUGACGCUUGUCCUUCAACAUCGAAAAAGUUGAAGCUAGAUGGUAGAGAAGAAAAUGCAGCUGCCAGUGGUGAUACGAGCGCCAGUGGUGGUUCAGAUUAUAAGCCAGAAAAUGAUACGUUACCAAAAGUAAAAGAAGAGUUUAACCAGGGAGCAUCCACCUCAACAGGGCUCCAAAGCCGGUACCGAGGUACACGGCCAAAUAAUGUGCGUACACGUUAUUAUAGACGUAAUAAUGACACAAGUGACAGUGAUGAUCUAGAUGAAAGUAGGUCAUCAGCUUCGGACUCUGGGCUUACAACAGAGGGUUCCGAUUCAGAUUCAGACUCUGACACAUCAUGGUCGAAAUCUCGGCGUAAAAGCAACAAACAGUCACUCAAACGUUCCCGCCACCGAAAGAUAAGCAAAACCACCGCCAGCAGUCGCAAAUCUCGUCGACAAAUUCCUGCUCCAACAAAAUCUAAACGUAUCAAACGAAACAAAAGCAACAAAACAGAUGCGAGUAGCAAACCAACAUCUUCAAAGAAAAAGAAAACACUCAAACGCUCUCGAAGGAAAUCCUCAAAAAGCAAAUCGACCCGAACGAAAAAAAGAAAUGCUUCACUAACAUCGACAACGUCUGAGGAUGAAGAAGAGCUUUUAAAGAUCAAUGAAAACACACAACCAUGGAGUGGCACAAUUUCAUCCCCAGCUUCUCCUGUACAUCACCAGAGUGAAAAUGAACGAACUCAGUCACCAUCCGCACAUUUAAGGUCUGCGACUUCAUCACCAGCUUCGAACUCCGCAACCACAAGUGAUGCAAACGAAGCAUUAGAGCGCCCCAGUUCCAAUGCAGCAGCUGCGGAUUCCAUUACUCCAAGCUCCCCAGAUCUGCCGCUGGACGCAGACGAUAAUCCAAAUGCGAAAUUACCCAUAUACUCGGAUUCUGAUUAAAAAAUCAAAAACCUCCAAUAGCUGAGAAAUUAUUACAUUUUUCUGAAAUAUUGAAUAGAGAGAGAGUAUAAAAUAAUUUUGUAAGUUUGUUCAAAUAUUUUUAAUGUAAACAUAAAACAAGUUACUCUGUUCAGGCGGUUUUAAGCCCGACACUAUCGUUGUCAAGUUUCUUUUGGAGUACUGACAUUGCCGGUAUAUUAGAAGCUUCAUAACGGAACGGUCUUAGUCGUGGUGGUCUUGAAGAGAAACUUCUGUAAACAGUGAAAAGUGACAGGAAUUUGUAUAUGAGGUGCAGCUUGAAAACAUAUUCCGGGUCAUUACAGCUUCAAUAGGUUGUCGCCAUUACAAUUGUGUUUCCAAAUAAUUCGUAGUUGCUGGAGCACAUAUACAACUUCUGCUACACUGCCACUACCACAGCUUUCUCACUCACCACCAUUUCUAGGGUCUUGACAGAAUUUUGAAAUAAACAAAGAAUUGUAAGUUAUAAUUUGUAAAUGAUGAUUGGCAGACAGAAAACAAUGAGAACAUUUAACUGAUUUAAAACAAUUUUUCCCAAAAACAAAAACAUCUGUCGGUACUGCCAACAACCACAGACUCCUCUAUCUGCUUCCCAUUCAAAUUAUACAUGUGGCUGAUAGCAGACGCAAAAAUAAUAAGUUUUGUCGUAAGCACGACUGUAAUGGUCUUAUUUUAUAAAUAAAUUAAGUUAAACCUCUAGUUGUAAAAUUUAAA